AAUCAACACAAUUACACAACUCCCUCACAACAAUCAUCUCAAAAACGCUUCACCACACUCACACACACAAAAAUAAAACCUCCCUACCCUUCCUCACAAUUUAAUUGAACCAUGAUGGCUGUCAACCGAAAGGAUAUGGAUCGGAUCAAAGGCCCAUGGAGCCCAGAAGAAGAUGAUGCCUUACAGAAACUCGUUGAAAGACAGGGGCCCAGAAACUGGUCACUCAUCAGCCGUGCCAUUCCAGGCCGCUCUGGAAAAUCUUGCAGGCUUCGUUGGUGUAACCAGCUUUCACCUCAAGUUGAACAUCGGGCUUUUACACCUGAAGAAGAUGAUAUCAUUAUCAGAGCCCAUGCCCGCUUCGGUAAUAAAUGGGCCACAAUAGCCCGAUUACUUUCCGGUCGAACUGAUAACGCAAUUAAAAACCACUGGAACUCGACGCUGAAGCGGAAGUGUUCAUCCAUCUUCUCAGCCGACGAUCCCGCUUUUAAUCCUCAACCACUUAAACGCUCGGCUAGCGUCGGCGCGCCGGGAAGUCCUUCCGGCUCCGAUUUAAGCGAUUCCGGAGCAGAAGGUGUCGUCGGAACCUUCGCCGGAGCUUCUCCUACGCACGUAUUUCGUCCUGUGCCGGUUCGAAUGGUGGCGGAAACGGCAUCGUCAGAGCAAGACGACGGACCUCCGACUUCGCUUUCGCUUUCUCUUUCUCUUCCCGGCGUGGAUUCUUCGGAUGUAAUGAAUCGCGCUGCGGCGGUUCCGAUUAAUGCUUCGCCGAUGAGUUCUGUAACGGCUUCUGUGGCGGCGAAAGUUUCACAGGAAGUUGGGAUGGGAGCGUUGAAUAUGAGUGGGGAGUUGAUGGCGGUUAUGCAAGAGAUGGUAAGGAAUGAAGUGAGGAGUAAGAGCGUAAUGGAAUGUGUUUUCAAGGUGUCGAUAGACUCAGAAACGUUUCAGCUAAACCAAUUGGGAUUAACAGGGUUGAUUCUUAAUUUGGUUGAUUAGAACGUAAUUAGAGUUUUAUUAAUGUUAACAAAAAAAAUGGGUUUGAAAAAAAAAAGAAGAAAAAGAGGAAGUCUUUUUCCUUUUUAUUUUUGAGUUAAUAAUUUUGGCCAAUGUACAUAGGAGAGAGAAUUGUUACUUGUUGGAAAAUGGCAAAUCUGAAAUUUCUCUCUUGUUCUUUUGGAAAACAUAAAGAGGGCUUUAGUUAGAUGAAAAAAGUGUAGGAUGAAAAAAUUUCUUAUUUGAGUUUAAUUGAUCAAAAUCUAUGUACAACGGUACAAGUAUAAUGUAAAUAGUUUUUAAUUUUUAUGGUUCAAAUCCAAAAUUAAGCAAGUAGUUUGUCGCAUAGCAGUCGUGAAGUGAAAUGGUAACGUUAUUUGGAAUUGGGAGUUGUUUUUGUCA